UAUAGUCUAACAUGUGUCAACAUAUAUUGAAAAUCGUAUGGUGUUUUUAAAAUGCUAUAUAAAUAUUCAGUGCACAUUUCAUGCAUCUAUGGUCAUUUUUUUUUAAAGUUUAAACCAAUAUCGAUUUUGUUGAAAACCGAUUUUGCGUAAAAAUUCGAGUUUUCCUUCAUUAUUUUCCCUAACGCUUUUGAAAACGACUGUAAAUUUUAAAUUUUGACCUCAUCAAUUAGAUUCAAUUUUCCGCCAGAAAAGAUAAUAAAGUCGAAAAUCAAAUCAUUUUUUCGAAUACUUAUUGUUUACACAGACACACAUAAUUGUAAAUACUAAAAUCAAUAAACAUUCAUCGCUCCGCUCAGAAUCUAAAAUUACAUUAAAUUUUAAAUUUGAAUUAUUCACGUGAAACGUAUUUGACACUCACUUAGCAAUAUAUUGGAACAUUAUAUAGUCUAUAAAAGAAAAGUAGCAAAUGCAAAAACAUCCGCGGUGUUCUACUUAAUAUAAUUCAUUUUGUAUGAUGUUGGCUACAUUUUGUUAGGUGAUAGGUUCCGUGUAACAACUUCGUGUAAAUAUGUAACUUUUCGCGUACUGCAGAUUCUGUUUCGAACGAGCUAUCGAUUUAUCGUUUUUCGUGUGAUUUCAUAUAUCAUUAGCGCCACAGUGGCAAACUACCAAGUGAACUACACUCAACGUCAAGAACAGCCGAUAGUUUGUCGCGCGUUUGGAUUUGGAUGUCCACUCGUAGACGUUCGCCAUGAUAACCGUCUCGAAGACCACCAUUGGGGUGGUUUUGUCGGGUGUUGUGGGCCUGUGCUUCCUAAGCUACUUAAUUUUCUUAGGCCCUGAACGUAGCAACGACGCGGUAAUCAAAUCGAACCGGCUCAAGAAACGACUGGCUGAAAAUGAUGGUGAAACUGGUAAACUGUUGACGCUCAAGUUGAAGUUACCAGUCUCCAUAAAACAUCUUGCCGAUCUAGAGAUCUUAGUUAAAGAGUUGAAUAUGGGUGAGUACUACUUGUCUCACGGGGACUCGGUCCUUGGUGUCAAGCACCUAGCCAACGCCAUGGUUUCAUGCCAGAAUCCCGACGUGCUGUAUAAAGUGUUGCGGAACAAACUGCCCAAACACGUGUUCGAAAUGCUCACCGAGAAGCUCUUACCGGAGCAGGUAGAACUGUGGUCGUCUUCCAACAUUCUUCAGGACUUGGCCUUUGACACCGAAUAGUUUUUUUUAUCGUCAAGCUGAUUCUAUAAUUAUAUUUUGAUGAUACGUUUAUAUUAAUAAUUUAUUUAUUUGAUGCUGUAUUAUGAGGUGUAAAAUUUCUAACAAAUACUAAAUAGUAUAGUGAUACAGUAUAUAAUGAUUCAGUAUAUAAUAGAUAAAUAAAUUAAAAGCGUAUAAUUGCAAAAACAUAAAAUAGAAAACAUUAAAUUAGUAAAAUAAUAAACGAUUAAAAAGUAGAAUAGUAAGGUGGUUGGAAAUCUAAAAUAAACUAUUAAGCUGGUGAAGCAUUCUGUGUAUGGGGUGGGAUGAAACGUAAAAAAGUGAGUGGUUCCUAGUGGUAUACGGGUAAGCAAGGAACGAAAUGCGAUUGAUGCGAGAUCAUGAGUUGACCUUCAAGCCGCUAAGAAGUGGAGAAAUAAAAAAAGUAUUCGCAAUAUAUUUAUAUAUUAUACUAUAUUAUUAUUCGUGUAUAAUACCUAACUUCUUUAGGGGAUCACCAUGUAUUACAUGGCAUGUAAUAAUAUGCAACGGCUCAUCAUUCGCACUAUCACAUCCCUAGUUUUUGUAUUAUUACUUGGGGUGUGCUUCCAAGUUCGCUCCAUUAACAAGGCCUUGGAAAUGAAGUCCAGAAAUUUUUUUUCACAGUCAAUUUUAAAAAUAUCUGCCUCAUAACUUAUAACCAGCAUAAUAUACAUUUAUACAUAGAAUAUUCAACUAUACUUAUUAAUACAUUAUUAUGUACCCGGUCAUUCUUUUAUCAUUGAACACUCAUUAUUUUAAAAAGUGUAAGUACUUUAAUACUAUACAACAGAGCGAUUUCUUGAUUUUCAUUUUAUUUGUAUAAGUUAUAACACUGUUAUCUUGACAAGACCUAGGAAAUUGAAGUAAAUAUAUAUUUUUUAGUAAUAUAUUAGUUGGUCUGUUUAUUAAGAAGAUUAAAGGAGAAAGUAAAUAUAUUAUUGGUAUUUAAUUUCUAAAUAAAAGUGGCAAUACUAAUGUUUCCCUUUAAGUAUAGGUACUGAAUUUUAUAAUACAACCUACAGUAAAUAGUUUACUAUACAAUUAAAUAAUCAAAAAAUUUCGUUAUUUAUUAUGAAUGUAUAUGUAAUAUGUAUAUUAUAUCACUUAAUAUGUAUUAUUUAUUAAAUGAAAUACUCAUAUCCAUUUUAUAUGAUCCAACAUUUCUGGACGUGUAUUAUAUGCAUAGUAUUAUACGUAUACAUUAUAAUACCCACAGUACAGUAUAAACAUAUUAAAUAAAUGUCGUUUAAGAAUAUUAUAUUGAUUUUGUUUGACAUUUCAUGUUUAUUAGAUGACGAAAAAACAAUAGCAAAAUAAAAAGGUCACAAAAAUCCCCGAAUUAAAUUAUGUAAAAGGUAGACGUACUAAAAUGUAUUUAGGUUGUGAACUUUUCCAUUUAGAGUAUAUUUUGUCGUUCUCCAUCAUUUACCAUGAAUAAAAUGCGAAUCGCACGCAUUUUAUAUGGCAUCCACUUUGGUGGAACAAAUUAGUGACGUGUGACGUCUCAUGCCAACGGAGGAAAAUCGUAAAAAUAAAAUAUGUAAAAUGCGAUGUUGCAGUUAAAUGUUAAAACUUGAGAUAACAAUUUGUAUGGUUCUCUCAUAGAAAUAUUUUAUUUCACUAUAUAAAUUAUAAACGUGUG